AUGCCGUUCAGCAAGACUGGUAAGAAACCCCGCCAGAAACACGCUAAUCCAUUUGUCAAGUCGUCCGCGUACUUCUCUCGCUACCAGGUUAAGCCCCGUCGUCGUCGCGAGGGCAAGACCGACUACCAGGCGCGCCGUGCCCUGACCACCCAGGCCAAGAACAAGUUCGCCUCGCCCAAGUACCGCCUUGUUGUUCGUAUCACCAACCGCCAGGUUAUCUGCCAGGUUACCUACGCCAAGCUCCAGGGUGACGUUGUUCUCGUCCAGGCUUCGUCGAAGGAGCUUCCCCGCUACGGCAUCAAGCACGGUCUUACCAACUGGACCGCUGCCUACGCCACUGGUCUCCUUGUCGCCCGCCGUGCCCUCACCAAGGUCGGCCUCGCUGACAAGUACGAGGGCUUCACCGAGCCCUCUGGCGAGCUCGAGCUCGUUGAGGAGCUCGGCGAGGACGAGCCCCGCCCCUUCAAGGUCUUCCUUGACGUCGGUCUCCGCCGCACCUCGACCGGUAACCGUGUCUUCGGUGCCAUGAAGGGUGCCUCCGACGGUGGUCUCUACGUUCCCCACAACGAGAAGCGCUUCCCCGGCUUCGACCCCGAGACCAAGACCCUCGACGCCGAGGUUCUCCAGAAGUACAUCUACGGUGGCCACGUCGCCGAGUACAUGGAGGAGCUCGAGGAGGAGGACGACGAGCGCUUCAAGAAGCAGUUCGCCACCUACCUCGCCGACGAGGUUGGCUCUGAGGACAUCGAGGACAUGUACCGCGACGCCUACGAGAAGAUCCGCGAGGACCCCGCCUUCAAGCCCACCCAGAAGGACUCCAAGUGGGUCGAGGAGUCCAAGAAGUACAAGGCCAAGGCCCUCACCCGCGAGGAGCGCCGCGCCAACAUCGAGAAGAAGAUCGCCGAGUACCAGCAGUAA